AUGUCUGAACCAAAGCCCUUACCCUUCAUCUAUCAAUUUGCAUCUGGUGCCAUUGCCGGUGUGUCUGAAAUCCUUGUGAUGUAUCCCUUGGAUGUUGUCAAGACCAGACAACAAUUGGAUUCCACCAAUGCUUAUAAUGGUACCAUCAAUUGUUUGAAAAAGAUUGUCAAGGAAGAAGGAUUCUCAAGAUUAUAUAAGGGUAUAACUGCGCCCAUUUUGAUGGAAGCCCCCAAGAGAGCUACAAAGUUUGCUGCAAACGAUGAAUGGGGGAAAUUCUAUAAAGGAUUCUUUGGUGUACCUCAAAUGACUCAAUCAUUAGCUGUGUUGACAGGUGCUACUGCUGGUGCAACUGAAUCAUUUGUGGUGGUACCUUUUGAAUUGAUUAAAAUCAGAUUGCAAGAUAAAAACUCCAAAUUUAAUGGGAUGUCUGAUGUUUUAAAACACAUUAUCAAACAAGAUGGUGUUUUGGGUUUGUAUAAAGGUUUGGAAUCAACUUUAUGGAGACAUAUUGUUUGGAAUGCCGGUUAUUUCGGAGUUAUCCAUCAAGUUAGAGGGUUAAUGCCUAAACCAAAGAAUUCUACUGAGAAAACCUUAAUUGACUUAACUUGUGGUUCAAUCGGUGGAACUUUUGGUACCAUUUUAAAUACACCAUUUGAUGUUGUUAAAUCAAGAAUUCAAGCUGGUUCUACUAAAUAUGUUUGGACUGUUCCAUCUAUUGGAACUGUGUUCAAAGAAGAAGGGUUUGGUGCUUUAUAUAAAGGGUUCUUACCUAAAGUCUUGAGAUUAGGUCCCGGUGGUGGUAUUCUUUUGGUGGUCUUUACUCAAUGUAUGGACUUUUUCAGAACAAUUCAUAAUGCUUAG